AUGAGGGAGAUUGUGCUCACGCAGACUGGGCAGUGCGGGAACCAGAUUGGCACCAAGUUCUGGGAGGUGAUCUCUGAUGAGCAUGCCAUAGACUCUGCUGGCACCUACCACGGGGACAGCCACCUGCAGCUGGAGCGCAUCAAUGUGUACUACAACGAGGCCAGCGGCAAGACCCCCAUCCUUCCCCCACCGCCCUCCUGGGAACGCGGCCCUCCCCUCACUUAUGCCUUCCCGCCCCACUCAGGUGGCAGGUACGUGCCCCGCGCUGUGCUCGUGGAUCUGGAGACGGGCACCAUGGACUAUGUGCGCUCGGGGCCCUUCGGGCAGAUCUUCAGGCCAGACAACUUCAUCUUCGGUCUGAGUGGGGCCGGAAACGACUGGGCCAAGGGAUACUAUACAGAAGGCGUGGAGCUGAUGGAGUCAGUGAAGGAAGUUGUCAGAAAGGAGGCUGAGAGCUGUGACUGCCUGCAGGGUUUCCAGCUGACCCACUCCCUGGGUGGGGGGAUUGAGUCUGGGAUGGGUACCCUUCUCAUUAAUAAGAUCUGGGAGGAGUAUCCAGACAGAAUGAUAAACACAUUUAGUAUUCUGCCCUCUCCCAAGGUGUCAGACACCGUGGUAGAGCCCUAUAAUGCCAUCCUCUCAGUCCACGGGCUCAUAGAAAAUGCGGAUGAGACCUUUUGCAUAGGUAAUGAAGCGCUAUAUGACAUAUGUUCCAGGACUCUAGAACUGCCUGCAUCCACCUAUGGUGACCUGAACCACCUGGUGUCUGUUACCAUCUGUGGGGUCGCCAUGUGCCUGCGCUUCCCAGGCCAGCUGAAUGCUGACCUGCGGAAGCUGGCCAUGAACAUGGUCCUGUUUCCCCGGCUGCAUUUCUUUAUGCCUGGCUUUGCCCCACUGACCAGCCGGGGCAGCCAGCAGUACUGGGUCUUGACUGUGGCUGAGCUUACUCAGCAGAUGUUUGAUGCUAAGAACAUGAUGGUUGCCUGUGACCCCUGUCAUGGCCGCUACCUAAUGGCGGGUGCCAUUUUCAUGGGUUGCAUGCCCAUGAGGGAGGUGGAUGAACGAAUGUUGAACAUUCAAAAUAAGAACAGCAGCUACUUUGCUCCCUCCAGACUGGCUGCUGACUGGCUCCCCAACAAUGUAAAAACAGCCAUCUGUGACAUCCCACCCCAGGGGCUAAAAAUGUCAGCCACCUUCAUUGGGAAUAAUACGGCCAUCCAGGAACUCUUCAAGAGUGUCUCAGAGCAGUUUAUAGCAAUGUUCAGGCACAAGGCCUUCCUCCACCGGUACACGGGCGAGGGAAUGGAUGAGACUGAAUUCGCUGAGGCUGAGAGCAACAUAAACGACCUGGUGUCUGAAUAUCAGCAACAUCAGGAUGCCAAGGCCAAGGAGGAGGAGUUUGAGGAGUAUGCUGAGGAGGAGGUGGCCUAGAACUUUCCUUUUCUAGGUAAAGUUGUGAAACUUUGUGGAUUCUUUACUGUGUUCUGACAGCCAUGUGUCACUAUGCAGUUGUUCAUUUGUGUCUUCACCUCUCCUCCUGCUGCAUUUUA